UUUUUUGUGGAAUCCAGGAUUUUCUAUAUAGAGUAUUAUGUCACUUGCAUAUAAUAACAAUUUUGUCUCUUCCCUUCCAAUUUGGAUACUUUUUAUUUCUCUUUCUUGUCUGAUUGCUGUGGGUAGGACUUCCAGACUACGUUGAAUAGAAGUGUGAGAGUGGGCAUCCUUGUCUUGUUUCAGAAUUUAGUGGGAAGGCUUUCAGCUUUUCACUGUUGAGUAUUAUGUUGGCUUUGGGUUUGUCAUAAAUAGCUUUUGUGAUGCUGAGAUAUGUUCCCUCUAUAUCCACUUUGGUGAGAGUUUUCAUUGUGGUUUAGAUUUGCAUUUCCCUGAUGAUGAGUGAUGUUGAGCACCUUAGCAUGUAGCUGUUGGUCAUUUGUAUGUGUUUUUUGAGAAAUGGCUAUUCAAGUUCUUUGCCUACUUUUAAAUUGGGUAAUUUGGGUUUUUUGUUUGAUUGGUUGGUUGGUGGGGUUUUUUUGUUUGUUUGUUUGUUUUUGUUUUUUGCUGUUGAGUUGUGUGAGUUCCGUAAAUAUUUUGGCUCUUAACAUAUUAUCAGAUGUAUUGUUUGCACAUAUUUUCUCCCAUCUCUUAGGUGCCUGAAAAAUAACUCUGUUGAUUGUUAUUUUGCUGUCAGGACAUUUUCUUACACCUCUAUUCACCUAAUAGUGUUUGUAUUUUAAAGUCUACCUACAUGUCCUACUGUUGAUGUUCUACACUUCCCAGUUUACUCAACCUUAGAGCUUUGUGCUCUGUCUACUGUGUGACACUGAUGUGUUCUUUCCUUUUGAGCACUGUGACCUUGCUGGUUCCCCAAGGACAGCUGCUGGGUUUGUUUCCCUUUUUGCUUGUACACAGGCUUGCAGUAACAUCCUGUGUGUGUCCUUGUGCAUUAGCAGGAGUUUCUGUAAGGCACAUACCUAGAAUUAGGUUUCCUGACCCAGAGGUUUGCAGGGUUUCAACUCUACCAGGUAAUGCCAGGUGGAUUUCCAGACUGACUGUACCAGUUUACAGUCCUAUAGGGCUCUAGGUUUCCAUGUUCCUCAUGUCUUCAACUUUGAAUUUUGUGAAGCCUUUUAUACUUUGCCCAGUCUAUGGAGAGAGGUCUUGUUUUAAUUUGCAUUUCCCUAAUUCUUUUUUCUUUAUUAUUAUUUUUUGAUUGAAGUAUAGUCUAUUUACAACGUUGUGUCAAUCUGUGGUGUACAGCACAAUGCUUCAGUCAUGUGUGAAUAUACAUAUGUUCAUUUUUAUAUUCUGUUCUACUGUAAGCUAUUACAAGAUUGAAUAUAGUUCCCUGUGCUUUACAAUAUAAACUUGUUUAUCUACUUUAUAUAUAUUAGUCAGUAUCCACAAAUCUCAAUCCCAGUUUAUCCCUUCCCACCCCCUUCCCUGCUGGUAAUCACAAAUUUGUUUUCUGUGUCUGUUUGUUCCUGUUUUGUAAAUUAGUUCAUUUGUCUUUUUUUUAGAUUCCACAUAUAAGUGGUAUCAUUUUUCUUUCUCCUGGCUUACUUCACUUAGAAUGACAUUCUCUGGGGCCAUCCAUGUUCCUGCAAGUGGCAUUAUUUUAUAAUUUUUUAUAGCUGAAUACUAUUCCAUUGUAUGAAUAUACCACAGCUUUAUCCAGUCAUCUGUCGAUGGACAUUUAAGUUGUUUCCAUGUCUUGGUUAUUGUAAAUAGUGCAGCUAUGAACAUUGCGGUGCAGGUGUCUUUCUCAGUUAAGGUUCCUUCUGGAUAUUUGCCCAGGAGUGGGAUUGUUGGAUCAUAUGGUAAGUCUGUUUUUAGUCUUUUGAGGAGUCUCCAUACUAUUUUCCACAAUGACUGCACCAAACUGCAUUGCCACCAACGGUGUAGGUGGGUUCCCUUUUCUCCACACCCUGUCCAGUAUUUAUUCCCUAAUUCUUAACAGCAUUGAAAAUCUUUUCAGAUGUUUGUUGGAGAGUUUGAUUUCUUUGUGAUUUACCAGGUUACAUCCUGUACUCAUUUUAAAAAAAAUUAAAUGGCCUUUUUUCUUUUUUGAUUUGUAAUUUUAAAAUAUAUUCUCUUUAUUUUUUAUUAUGUAUGUUUAAAAAUAUCUUUUUAUCCUUUUCUGUCUCUUUUCCUUCUCCACAUUGGACUUGCCAGAUGUUUGUGAAUUUUGUUAGCAUUUUCAGAGAACCAGUGUUGAGAUAGUUUUCUGUUUCUUUAAAUCCUGUUUUGUUUUCUUUCAUCUUCUUUCCUUGAAUUGCUUUCUUUUUCCGUGUCCAGUACCUUGUUGAAUGCUUAGAUUAUUAUUUCAGUCUCCCUUUGUUGAAAUAAGGGCAUUAGGGAUGCAGACUUUCCCUUAGGUAGCCUUUGUUUCCAUUUCCACCUUAGUCUUCAUUUCUAUGUUUUUGUUGGAGGGGGUCCCUUUUUGACGAGGUAUUUCUAGUGUAACAUCAGUAUGGUUGUUACCGAGUCCAGACUUGUUCUGCUUGCCACACGACAGGGCAAUAAAUCAGGACGAGGUGUUGGGGCAAGGAAUAGCAACUUUAUUUGGAAAGCCAGCAGACCGAGAAGAUGGCAGACUAAUGUCCUGGAGAACUGUCUUACUCAAGUCAGAAUUCAGGCUCCUUUUAUACUAAAAAGAGGAGGGGCUGUGGUUGAUUGUUGCAGACUUCUUGGUGGAGAAAUUCUUUGUUCUCGGAAUCCUUUAUUCUUGCAGCUGUCCACGUGAGUCAGAUCAUGGUAUCCCCGUAUCACCUCCAAGAAAACAACCGUUAAUUUCUGUUCUGCAACUUGUUAUUUUUGUUUGAGUGUAAAACUGUUAAUACCCUUAAAGGUCAAAGCCUUGAGAAUGGCCUGUCCUGUGUAGUUCAGGCUCAAGGCCCCACCCUUUUAUAGAAGGUGCAGAGCCAGUUCGGGAAACAGCACGAGGCCAGAGCCAAAGGCACAGAUCUAAGGUGGAGUCAGAUGUGCUCUUUUCUGUUACAGUUUCUGAGGGAAGUGUGUUAAAGUCUCUCACUCUUAGGGGAGAGUUUGCACAAUCUUCUUUGCCACUGCAGGUAGCUUCGGCUUUGUAUACUUUAAGGGUUUGUAGGUAGAAUACAUGUUUGUAAUUACAGCUUUUGGUGGAUUUUUUCUUUUUAUUAAUAUGCAGUGUCUGCUUUUGUUCCUAUUAAUGAUUUUUGCUUUCAAUUCUGUUGAUUGGUAUAAACAUCUGAGAAUCACAUGCAGCGGUGCAUGUUAAGCUCACAAACAGCAUGCAGAGGGGAAGCGGACUGUGUGGAUGUGUGCAGAUGGUGUAGUUCCCAAUAAAAUCCACCAGAGGCAUGGUUUUAUAGGUGCAUUUUGUGUAUCUAAUCGGAGUCUUGUGCUUCCAGUAGCACCUGAGUGACUGGCUCCUGCCUCCAUCCCUGGGAAGGCCAGGGUAGCAGGUGAUGGCAGCUUUGCAUCUAUCUGCCCUGUCCCAGGCCGAGGUGACCUUUGAGGACGUGGCCGUGCUUCUCUCCCGGGAGGAGUGGGGCCGUCUGGGCCCUGCUCAGAAGGGCCUGUACAGGGAUGUGAUGCUGGAAACCUACAGGAACCUGGUCUCGCUGGGAGCUGGACCUACAGGUCCCAAGCCUGGGGUGAUUGCACAGCUGGAGCGUGGGGACGAGCCGUGGGUCCUGGACUUGCCGGGAGCUGAGGGGAGCAAGCAACCGAGAGUCCGUGGCUCAGCUCACGGGACCAGGACUGAGUACAAGGAAUUGACUUCAGGGGAGAUGCUUGAUGGAGAUCUGGGCCAACUCAGGGGGACUGUUCUCCAGGGACCUGAGCUGGGAGAAGCCUGUGGGCACAUCAGGGAGCGGGAGGAGAGCCUGGACAGGCUCGUUGAGCAGAGCAGCCCCAGGCCAGUCACACUGACCGACGAGGAGCGCAGCCUGGAGUCUUGGGGAAGCCUUAGGUUGAGGCCUGACCCUAUCCCUGAUCAAAGGCCUCACAAAUGCGAUGUGUGUGAGCAGAGCUUUGAACAGAGGUCAUACCUUAACAACCAUAAACGUGUACACAGGUCCAAAGAAACAAAGACAGUUCAUGAUUCUGGGGAAAUCUUCAGUGCAAAUCCAGCUGUUAAAGAAUAUCAGAACAUGCCUCUUGGGAAAAAACUGCAUCAUUGUGGUUGCUGUGGGAAAGCCUUCAGGUACAGUGCUAACCUCGUCAAGCACCAGCGGCUUCACAGUGAAGAGAAGCCCUACAAGUGUGAUGAGUGUGGGAAGGCCUUCCGCCAGAGCUGCGAGUUCCUCAGUCACCGCAGGAUGCACUCCGGGGAGAUCCCCUACCGCUGCGACGAGUGCGGGAAGACCUUCAACCAGAGGCCCAACCUCAUGAAGCACCAGAGGACCCACACCGGAGAGAAGCCCUACAGGUGCAGUGAGUGCGGGAAGCACUUCAGCGCCUACUCUUCCCUCAUUUACCACCAGAGAAUCCACACUGGAGAGAAGCCCUACAAGUGCAACGACUGUGGGAAAGCAUUCAGUGACGGCUCAAUCCUUAUCCGACAUCGCCGGACUCACACUGGAGAGAAGCCAUAUGAGUGCAACGAAUGUGGCAAAGGCUUUACCCAAAGUUCUAACCUCAUCCAGCAUCAAAGAAUUCACACUGGAGAGAAGCCCUAUAAAUGUAAUGAGUGUGAGAAAGCCUUCAUCCAAAAAACCAAACUUGUGGAACAUCAGAGAAGCCACACGGGAGAGAAGCCCUAUGAGUGUAAUGACUGUGGCAAAGUCUUCAGCCAGAGCACACACCUCAUCCAGCACCAGAGGAUCCACACGGGGGAAAAGCCCUACAAGUGCGGUGAGUGCGGGAAGGCCUUCCACAACAGUUCCAGGCUCAUCCACCAUCAGAGGUCACACCACGGAGAGAAGCCGUACAAAUGCGCUGACUGCAAGAAAGCCUUCAGCCAGGGCACCUACCUCAUCCAGCACCGGAGGAUUCACACCGGGGAGAAGCCCUACAAGUGUGGUGAGUGCGGGAAGGCCUUCCGGCACAGUUCCAACAUGUCGCAGCAUCAGAGGAUUCACCUCCGGGAAGACUUCUCCACAUGACGGUGGAGAAGGGCCCGUGAGGUAUGCUGUGCACCUCCUCCACGUGACCCACUCACGCCUUUAUUUAUGUCCGCAUAGUGCUGUCACAGGUGAGAGGGCAUUUCUAAUUAAAACUCUUCCUGAACCCAAACUAGUGCAUGUUCGCUUUAGAGAAAUUGAGUGAACAAGGUGAGCAAAAGGAGAAGCUCCUGUAGCCUCCCCCUAGACAGAGAACUCAGCACUGCUGUGCCUGGCGGGGUUCUGCUCAGACCCACGGAGAACAUUCUCACAGAAUAUACUGUGGUGCUUGUCCUCGCAGACCCUGUUUCCUCAGCUCCAGAAACUUCACACUGGAGAGAAGUCUACAUGGUCCAUGCUUUUACACUUUGUAAAUUAAAAAAAUUAGCAUAUUGUUCGUGCUUUCCUGUGUCACUUAAUAGAAUUGGUGAUUGCAUUUUUUAUAGUAGUAAAAUACAUACAACAUAAAAUUUCCCAUUUUAACCACUUUUAAGUGUACAAUUCAGUGGCAUUAAAUAUGUUCACGAUAUUGUGUAA